GUCGAUUUUUCCCUGGAGCUUCAGUUCACGUUACUAGCUUUUGGCAGAAAAUGUAGGCCGCAAAGUUGGGUAUAUAAGCAGCGGCUUCAGUUCUACAUUUUCAUCAGUCACUCGACGAUUCAACGCAAACAACAAACAACAAUGGCUUCUAUCAAGAUGAUCGUUCUGUGGGCCUUCUUGGUCGUUUUGGUUGCUGCAGUCAAUGCCGCUCCCCGCUAUUUCAUCAUCGAUGAUGGCGAAGUUGAUGCUGCUCCUUCUCCGUUGGUUCGCGUCCGUCGCCAGGACAAGUACGUUGCAUCGGCCAGCGGUGGCAAUUACGGCAAGGGAGCUGUUGGCCCCGUCUACACAUUCGUCAAAACCGACCCUAAGGCCAACUUCAAGUGGGGAGUCCGCCACCGUGCUGGAGUCCAAUACGGUCGUUAAAUAGCAAUAGCCAGGCCGAUGCUCCCGUGACCCAGAUAAUCUUCCUCAAGCUGGCUCUUGAGGUGCUGAAAAAGACCUACAUCCAAUGUAAUUCGUACAUCAUACCUUCUCUGUGUUAUCACCACUUGCCCCACUUUUGUGAAUCGUCUUUUCUGCGUGAUGGGUGCCCCAUUUGGUACUUGUCAAGCAAUAAAAAUCAAUCUUUAAGUUCACUGA